AUGCACAAGGAGUCCGACUUCGCGCCCUCCAGGGCCUGGGCCUGUGGCCGCCGCAAGGUGUCGGGCCCCCCCUGUGUGCGCUCUGCGUGUCGCUCCUUCUCGGGGUUCCGCAUUGUUUCGCUUCGCUGCUCCCGCGCCGGGCUCACCCAAAGUGUCCUCAGAAAGCGGCCGAAUGUGCGUGGCUUCUUCCCGGUGGAGCCAGAGGCAGAGAACCGGAAGCCGCAGACGGCUGGACCCGGUGUAGCGCGGGUCGGUGGCCAGGCCUGCGCAGCCCGGACCCGGGACCACCUUAAGAGCGAGCCCCGCCCCCGGGCCCGCUCGGGCGGCGCUGAUUGGUGCAGAGGUAAUGGCUGGAAUGGAUUGCUGAAACGCAAAACUUGUUGCUGCUUCUCCCGGCGCCGGCUAGAGGCAGACGCGGAGCGGGAGCCCGGACCUCGCAACGCCCCGCCCGCCCCGCGCGCCCAGCUCGCCCGCGCGGCCCCUUCCCGGGUCCGAGGGGACCCGCGGAGCGCGGAGGCGGGAACCGCAGCCUCGGAACCACCGGCCGCACGCCUCCCCGCCCGCCCGCGCGCGGCCCGAGACGCCCGCGAACUCGCGCGGCGACUGGCGGACGAGCCCGAGCCGCGGAGCCGCGCGUCUCCCGCAGCCUGCGCUCCCGCUCCGGCGCCCGCAUCUCCUGCUGCGGGGCCAGCACCGGCGAUGAGGAGCGGAGCCGCCUGUCUUCCGAGCCGCUGA